UGGAGCAUGUGUAUAAGAGAGUCGGCCAUCUGGCCCGUUCGAGCAACACCGGACUGACCGAAAUGCACUACUUCAAGGCACCGGCCUAUUCGUGGCGUCUGGCAAGGCCCUCUACACCGGCGGCCCGGCGGCUGUACUGAUCGCCUACCUCUUCAUGGGCUGCAUGCUGUACUGCACCAUCCAAGCCCUUGGGGAACUCGCCGUGACCUUCCCCGUUGCCGGUUCCUUCUCGGCUUACUCGACCCGCUUUCUCGACCCCGCGUGGGGCUUCGCCAUGGGCUGGAACUAUGCCCUGCAGUGGCUGGUCACCCUGCCUCUCGAGAUCAUCGCUGCCUCCAUCACGGUUGGCUACUGGAACAGCAACCUAGACCGGUCUAUCUUCAUCACCAUCUUCCUCGCCACCAUCGUCGUCAUCAACUUGUUUGGUGUCAAAGGCUACGGCGAAGCCGAAUUUGUCUUCGCCCUGUUCAAGGUCAUGGCCGUCAUCGGAUUCAUCCUCCUCGGCAUCGUCAUCAACAUUGGCGGCUUCCCCAACGAAGGCUACAUCGGCGGCCGCUUCUGGCACGACCCAGGCGCCUUCAACAACGGGUUCAAAGGCCUCUGCGCCGUCUUCGUCACGGCCGCCUUCGCUUUUACCGGCACCGAGCUCGUCGGGCUUGCCGCGGCCGAGACGGUGAACCCCCGUAAAUCCCUGCCUACCGCCAUCAAGCAGGUCUUCUGGCGCAUCACGCUGUUCUACAUCGUCGCCCUGACCCUCAUCGGCUUGCUGGUGCCUCACAACCACCCGCGUCUCCUAGGCGCCAAGUCCGCCGCCGACGCGUCCGCCUCUCCCUUCGUCAUCGCCAUCGAGAGCGCCGGCAUCGCCGUCCUCCCGGGCAUCAUGAACGGCGUCAUACUCGUGGCCGUCAUAUCGGUCGGCAACAGCGCCGUGUUCGGCUCGUCGCGCACGCUCGCCGCCCUCGCCGACCAGGGCCAGGCGCCGUCCAUCCUCGGCUAUGUCGACCGCCGCGGCCGCCCGCUCGUGGCCAUCCUCGCCGCCUCGGCCGUCGGCCUGCUCGGCUACCUCGCCGACCUGCACCAGGAGUCCGACGUGCUCAACUGGCUGCUCGCCGUGUCCGCCCUCUCGUCCAUCUUCACCUGGGGCUCCAUCUGCCUCGCCCACAUCCGCUUCCGCCGCGCCUGGGCCGCCAAGGGCCGCUCCCUGCACGCCCUCGCCUUCCGCUCCCAGGUCGGCGUCCCCGGCUCCUGGGUCGGCCUGACCAUGAACGUCCUCGUGCUGCUCGCCCAGUUCUGGACCGCCGCCUGGCCCGUCCCCCAGCCUUCCUCCUCCUCCUCCUCAACCACAACAACCACAACCGGCGGCGGCACAACCGUCCCCCUCGACAGCGCGCGCGACGUCGCGGAGAACUUCUUCCUGCAGUACCUGUGCGCGCCGAUCGUGCUGGCCUGCUACGUCGGCUACAAGGCCUGGUUCCGCACGCACAUCGUGCGCGUCGCGGACAUGGACGUCGACACGGGCCGGCGCGACUUUGGCUACCAUCAUUAUCAUCACCACCAUGCCCUUUCCGCGCUGCGGAGGCGGGAACGGAAGGAUGAGGAGGAGGAGGCUGAGGAGGAAGAGGAGGAGAGGCUGCGGAGGGGGUGGCCCAUGUGGAAGCGCGUGUAUCGGUUUUUAUGUUGACUGGUCUAGCUCGCGCUCUCUCUUUUUCUCGUUGUUAUAAGUAACCAGAGGAUCGGUAGACCCUGUUCUUAAAAGUGAAAACGGCAAUAAAAUGGCACGUUUUGACGGCCUGGCUCUGGUGAACUUUUCCGUGGAUUCGUCGCGCAAUGUGCUCUACCUAACUAACCACCG